AUGAUGGAGGAGGAUUAUUCCUUGAAUAAAUUCGCCGCCGAUGUGGAGGAAGCGUCCGCAGCCUCAUCCGAGCAUCAGAUCAAGCAAGUUUUUCUUUAAGUUAAUUUUUUUGGCCCAAUUCUUACUGUAACAUAAAAAAAUUUUUUUUUGAAAUUCACAUGUCAUGGAUAAUAUAAAUCAUAAAAUUUGCCGUAUUUUAGCGCCAAGAAUUAUGAGCCAGUCAGUCAGUGGUCCAACAAACCGGUGGACUAUCAUUUCCUGUCGUUAUUGGGAUCUGGAGCGUAGGUUUUGUCAUGGAGAAUAUAUUGAUCUGGUUUGAUAUCAAAUUUCUCGAAUUUCCAGGACCGCUGACGUUCUGAAGGCUCGGAAUGUGAAAGAGUAUCGAUUCUGCGCCGUCAAGUUGAUGGUUUUCCCGGACAAACAUCGAAAGGAGAUCGUAAGUUAUAUGAAGUUAGGGCGCAGCUCGCGGACAAAAAAUUUGCGGAUUUUUGCGAUUUUUGAAAUGGAUUUGACUAAAUAAUCAUUCGAUCAGUCUAAUAAGAGGAGUUGUGAUGUGAUAAAGUUGGUUUUCAAACAAAUAUUUGCAGAUCCGAGAGAUCCGCUCCUUGAACUACCUAAAUCACCCAAAUCUCGUCGAUCUCCAUGCAGUUUCGGUCCUCAAUGGCAAUACCGCCUUCAUUGUGACCCCAAUCUACCGUAGUGUGAGCACGCUGCUCAAGGAAUCAAUGAAGUUGAAGGUAAGGGAAAAUUUGAAAGAAAUUUUCUUAUUGCACUGUGCAAAAAAAGAUUUUGCUCUUUUUGGAUAGGGCAAUGGGUGAAAUGCCAAUUUGAUAAAGCAUAAUGAUAAAGCAAUGAAUUUCUGGCGUAGUUUUAAAUUUUCAGUGAGCUAUUAUUCAAAUUGACUGCACAGUGCAAAAAAAAAUUCUGCACAGUGCAGUUAAAUCAAGUAGGAUUUUCGAACUGUGCAAAAAAAAAAAAUAAUUUUUACUCUGCACAUAAGGAGGAAUAGGGAUUUUUUUAGCGUAGUUAAAAUUUUCACUGCACCUUAGCCAAACCUGACUGCACAGUGCGAAGAAAUAAAUUCUGCACAGUGCAGUAAAAUCAAAUAGGAUUUUCGCACUGUGCAAAACAAAAAACAGAUUUUUGCACAGUGCAGAGUGGUGAACAGGGUUUUUUUCAGCAUGGUUAGAAAUUUGCACCAUGCCAUAACCAAAAUUGACCGCACAGUGCGAAGAAAUAAAUUCUGCACCAAAAUCAAAUAGGAUUUUCGCACUGUGCAAAACAAAAGACAGAUUUUUGCACAGUGCAGAAUGAGAGAAGAGUUUUUUUUAUCAUAGUUAGAAAUUUGCACAGUGCGAUAGCCAAAACUGACCGCACAGUGCAAAGAAAUAAAUUCUGCACCGUGCAGUGAAAUUGAAUCGGAUUUUUGCACAGUGCAAUUGCAAAAAAUCCAAAAAAAAAAAAAAAGAUUUCAAAUUUUCAGCGCUUCAACGACAUGAGCCCGCCGUUCGCGCCGGUCAGCGAGAAAUGCGCCGGCGAAUUGAUGUACCAACUUCUGGACGGGACCUCCUUCAUGCACCAGAAUGGCUACAUGCACCGUGACCUGAAGAGCGACAACUUGAUGCUGGAUGACUAUGCGACGUUGAAGAUUGUCGACUUUGGUGUGACUCGUCCGUUCAGCACGUUUGAGAGGAAGGGUUUGGGAAAAAUGGGAACCCCCUGCGGCACUCCGUAUUUUAUGGCGCCGGAAGUGGCGUUGAGGUUUCUGGAUGAGCAGAAUCCGGACUAUGAUGUGAGGGCGGAGACUUGGUAAGCGGUUUUGUGUCGGUUUUGAGCGAUUUGGAGGGGUUUCCUUGAUUUUCAGGGUUUUCGUGGUGGGACCCAAAAUUUUUUUUAUUGAGGCUGAAAUGCCCCAAAAUGGACGGUUUGGGGGUUUUUAAAUCGUUUUUAGGUCCUCGUGUAUAGCAUAGUAUCCAUUUUUGCAUCUUUCUCAGUAUUAGAAGUUUUCGUGGUGGUACCCAAAAAAAAUUUUUUUGACCCUGAAAUACCUCAAAAUGAAAGGUUUUGGUGGUUUUAUGUCCCCGUAUAUCGCGGAGUAUCCAUUUUUACCUGUUUCUCGCGAUUGGAAGUUUUCGUGGUGGGACCAAAAAAUUAUUUUAAAGUUGUCCAUAACCGUCGAAAUUUGAUGUUUUUUGAAUUUUUAAGACUCUAAAAUGAUAAAUAAAUUUUUUUAUUGUUUUUACAGGUUUUCGUGGCGAGACCAAAACUUUUUUCCCCGAUUUAAAAAAAAAAUUGCAAUCUUUUUUUAUCAUCGUAUUUUAGGAGUAUUGGUGUUGUUCUCUGCGAAUUUGUCUUCGCGCAGGUCCCAUAUUCCCUGUUCAACAUGACCAGCCCUGCCUUUUGGGAGCAAAUCAAUGCUUUACAGUAUGAGGUAAGUUACAGUAACCCAUUUUUUGUGUGAUUUUUGAUGACCAAUGACGUCAUUGAUUUUUUAGUCCACCCCAAAAUGGCAUGAAAUGUUUGAAACGAAGAAAAUCGCGCCGCUGAAAAAGAAGUUGUCCAAGAAAUGCAUCGAAUUCAUCGAAAAGUGCCUGGUCGGCGAUUAUGUCAAGAGAAGGACGGCCUCGAAGCUGCUCAGAGACGACUGGGUGAAGCAGUUCAAGGGCAAAAAGAAGCACAUCUUUUUGGAACUGCUGGAUGACGAGCUCUUGAAAAGGACCAAAAAGUACGCGGACAAGAAGAAUCAGGAGAUUUGGGCGAGUAAAAACCCGUCGUCGGGGAAGAGAGUGCUCGCCACGGUCCUGCUGAAACCUAAAGAUAAGGUAAAUUCGAUUUUUACUACGUUUUUUGGUCGGUUUUGGAAUUUUUGGAUCUUGCACUGUGCGGUGAAAUUUAAAUUGCCGAUUGCACGGUGCGUUCGGAAUAAAGUUUUGGUUGCACUGUGCGGUAGGAGAUAUAAUUUAUAUGUCAUGCAAGGUUCAUAAAAAAAUUGGUGAAAACUUUACAUUGCACCGUGCAGUUUGGCAAAAAAGAAUUUUUGCACUGUGCGGUAAAAUUGGAAUUGCCGAUUGCACAGUGCGUUCUGGAUAAAAUUUUGUCGCACUCUGCCAUUUGAGAAAUAAUUUAUCUGUCCUGCACGGUGCAUGAAAAUUUUGACGAUAAAGAUUCAUUGCACCGUGCAGUUUGGCAAAAAAGAAUUUUUGCACUGUGCAGUGAAAUCAAAAUCUCUGAUUGCACGGUGCGUUCUGAAUAAAUUUUUGUCGCACUGUGCAGUAUGAAAGAUCAACCGUCUUUGCUGCACAGUGCAUAAAAAUUUUGCCGAAAACUUUGCAUUGCACCGUGCAGUUUGACUAAAAAUUGGAUCUUGCACUGUGCAAAAAAAUGAAAAAAUUUUUAUUUCAGAUGUACCUGUUGGAGUUUGCGUUGGACAUCAAAGACCAAAAGCACUUUGAGAGGAAUGCCGAGCAGACAAUUCGAGCCAAUUUCUGUCAGCUGACCAACGCCAAAAUCAUUGAGUAAGAAUUGGCUGAUAGGUCAUGGAUAAUAUAAAUUUUUUGAGGGUUUGGGGUAAAAUACGUUCAUUUCAAGGGUUUUGUUAGUUUUUGGAACGUUUACAAGAGCCUUACACCAAAAAAAUUAAGGUUUUUUCUAUAUUAUCCAUGACAAAAAUCAAAAAAUUUCAAAUUUUUGAUGAAAAAUCAGAUUGUAGAUAGUCCUAGUGGAUUGCAAAUGAUCUAAUUUUCAGUGGGAAUCAAUUCUUCUACCUCACCGAGAAGCUGUUGACCUUGGCCAACCAGUACAUUAACCAUCGCUCCAUCGCGGCCGAUCUGGUCUCAUUCAGCGGCCGUGUCGACUUUGAUCCCGAAACCUUUGCCGAUCACUGUCUGCUGGCGGUGUCGACCAGUUUCAAAGAGCUCGCCCUGAAGCUGGAACGGGAAUGCCCUGAGGCGUUGGAUCAUAUGCAAACCGCAAUUCAGAAAUUUCCCGUCGAAUUGGACGACGAGAAGAUUCAGAAAGCGGCCAGAAGAGAGGUCCCGGGCCUGGGCAGGUCCAGUGGGCAGGCCGAGCCCGCCCGCAGAGCCAGCACUGGGAAAAUGUAAGGUUUUGGCAAGGGUAAUAUAAUUUUUUGAGGGAUAAUUUAACUUUUUGUCUAAAAUAAGGUCGUUUUGGACUAAAAGCGUUGCGGCAGAACCCUCCCCCCUUUUUGAAGGCUCCCCCUCACUUUGGAAAUUGAAAAAUACGAGGUGUGACAUGUUAUACGAUGGAAAUUUUUUUCAAAUUGAGAAAAAUUGGGUAUGACAUCUUAAUUUGAAAAAAAUUGCAUCGUAUUAGAUGUCAUACGUAAUUUUUUCAAUUUGAAAAAAAUCAUCGUAUAACAUGUCACACCUCGUUUUUUUCAAUUUGAAAAAGAAAAUUCAUCGUAUAACAUGUCACAUCUAAUUUUUUCAAUUUGAAAAAAAAAAUUUCAUCGUAUGACAUGUCACCCCUCAUUUUUCUCAAUUUGAAAAAAAAAUCAUCGUAUAACAUGUCACACCUCAUUUUUCUGAAUUAAAAAAAAUUUUCAUCGUAUAACAUGUCACACCUAAUUUUUCUCAAUUUGAAGAAAAUUUUCAUCGUAUGACAUGUCACACCUUAUUGUUUUCAAUGUGAAAAAAAAUUCAUCGUAUAACAUGUCACACAUAAUUUUUUCUAAAAAAAAUUCAUCGUAUAACAUGUCACACCUAAUUUUUCUCAAUUUGAAAAAUUUUUUUAUCGUAUAACAUGUCACACCUAGUUUUUUCAAUUCUCAAAAUGGGGGAGUGUUCAAAAAGGGGGAGAGUUCAGAUCUUUUGGCAGGCUGAACCGACUGAAAAGCCUUGGAAAUUGGUAGAUAAGAAAGCGGAUGACUUUUAGCUUUCUAAAAAAUGAUUUUUUAGGCCAUCGCUUUUCGUCAAGUCCAGCGAAAGUUCGCUUUCUUCCCUGCGCAGCUUCAAGGAACGCCUGAAUCGCCGCAGAAAGUCGGUCCCCACCAAGUAUCUGGACUUUAUGAUGGACAGCCGCGUCGAUAGCGAACCCUUUGAUUGA